CACUGGAAGAGAAUGGAGCUGAGGAAGGGCAAGGAACUACUGCCGGGACGAGCGAUGGCUGUAAUCCUGCUCCUCUGCAUGUCGGAGAUGAGAGCAGAAACCGCUCGGUACUCUGUGCCCGAAGAAGCGGAGAGAGGUUCCUUUGUGGCGAACAUUGCUAAGGAUUUGGGACUUACCGGUGAGGAAUUAUCGGCUCGACAGGCUCGGCUCGUUACUGAAGGAGAAAAGCAGUAUUUGCAGCUGAACCAACACACAGGGGAUUUGGUGGUGCGAGAGCAGAUGGACCGGGAGGAGCUGUGCGGUCAGAGCGAGCCCUGCCUGGUGCGUUUCGAGGUGCUGCUGGAGAGCCCACUGCAGUCCUUCCGAGCUGAGGUAAGCCUCACUGAUAUAAAUGAUCACGCUCCCGUGUUUUUAAGUAAAGAGAUAGUUUUAAAGAUACCAGAAACUUCAAUGCCCGGGACUCGAUUUUUGUUGGAAAGCGCUCAGGAUGCAGAUGUGGGGAACAACAGUCUUCAGAAUUAUAGUAUCAGCUCGAAUGACUAUUUCCAUAUGUACACCCGAAGGCGGAGUGACGGUAAGAGGUACGCUGAGCUGAUGUUGGACCGAGCGCUGGAUCGGGAGCAGCAAGCAGAAGUGUCUUUCACUGUCACGGCUGUAGAUGGUGGGUCUCCACCGCGCUCUGGUACAGCCGUAAUCCGUGUGAUAGUCCUGGAUACAAAUGACAACAUCCCGGUUUUUACCAGGAAUCUGUAUAAAGCCCGAGUAUUAGAAAAUAGCUCCGAGGACACCUUAGUGGUGACAGUGUCUGCUAGCGAUUUAGACUCGGGAAUGAACGGAGAAGUACGCUAUUCCAUAGUUCAAAAUUCGGAGGAAAAUCGACAGACGUUUAAAAUAAACCCCGAGAGCGGGCAGAUUAGACUCAAAAAACCGCUGGAUUAUGAAGAAACAAAGAUUUAUGAGAUAGAUGUCCAGGCCACAGACGGAGGAGGCUUGUCUGUGCACUGCAAAGUGGAGGUGCAGGUGGAGGACGUGAAUGACAACGUCCCCGAAGUGAUACUCACCUCCCUCACCAGCACCCUCUCAGAAGCCGCCCCUCCGAACACUGUGGUGGCCCUCUUCAACGUGCAAGACCUAGACUCCGGGGACAACGGCAAGACGAACUGCGAGCUGCUGGGUGAGCAGCCCUUCAGCAUCAUGUCACAGGCAGACGGCGCGUUCGCGCUGGUGACAUCAGAGGUGCUGGACAGGGAGCAGAUGGCAGAGUACAAUGUGACAGUGCAGGCCCACGAUGAGGGCUCUCCAGCACUCUCUGUAUACAAAACCCUGCUCGUGCGUGUCUUGGACGUGAACGACAACCCCCCCAAGUUCACCCAGGACGUCUACAGCAUGUCGGUGACGGAGAACAACAGCCCCAUGCUCCGCAUCGGCAGCGUGAAGGCCACGGACGCAGACGAGGGAAGAAACGCGCGCGUAAGCUACGCGCUGGUGCGGCAGGAGGGCAAGGAGCAGCCCGAGGUGUCGGUGAACUCGGAGAGCGGCGACGUCUACGUGCUGCGUCCGCUGGACUACGAGGCGGUGCGCGCGUUCGAGGUGGCGGUGCGCGCUGCCGACGGCGGGUCGCCGCCGCUCAGCGCCCAGGCGGUGCUGCGCGUGGUGGUGCGGGACGACAACGACAAUGCGCCCGUCGUGCUGCACCCGCCCGCCGAGCCCAGCGCGCAGGCGGCGGCUCCGUUGGAGCUGGUGCCGCGCUGGGCGCAGGCGGGCUACCUGGUGGCCAAGGUGGUGGCGGUGGACGCGGACUCGGGGCAGAACGCGUGGCUGUCGUACGAGCUGGCCAAGGCGACGGAGCCGGCGCUGUUCCGCGUGGGGCUGCACAGAGGCGAGGUGCGCACGGCGCGGGCCGUGGCCGAGCGCGACGCGCCCCGGCAGCGCCUCGUCGUGCUGGUGCGGGACCGCGGGCAGCCGCCGCGCUCCGCCAGCGCCACCCUCGGCAUCGCGCUGGUCGACGGCUUCUCCGAUGCCUUCCAGCAGCUCAAUUAUGCUCCUGUGGGAACGCCACAGCCGGCCGAGGAGGACAUGCUCACCGCCUACCUCAUCGCCUCGCUGGCCUGCGUAUCUGCGCUCUUCCUCCUCUCCGUCCUCGCCAUUUCGACGACGAAACUCUGCAGAUCUCGCCUCGGGGAGCACAUGCCACCGCCUUCUGCCCACUGUUACGCUGAGGGUGACUUUGCCACCGAUGGUGUGGACGUGUCUGGCACGGGCAUUCUGUGGCCAACUUACCGCUACGAAGCGUGCAUGACCACCAGCUCGGGACGGAGGGACUUCCAGUUCCUGAGGCCCGUAGCGGCCAGCUGGCAAUGCAGCUCGGAGGCAGGAGUGGGCAAGGACGAGGAAGCAUUAGGCAACCCUCAAAUGGCUGAUGAGACGGAAGCUGCCCCGGGGACCACAGCUCCUGCUGCCAUUCUGCCGCCGGACUGGCCAGUGGGCCGGACCGUCCAUGCCUAA